UCCACCUCAACCUCACGACAGCUGCAGCCGAGUGCUGGCCAGCUAUCCGCACCACAUUCUUGCGCGCCCAACAACCUCCACGCUCAUCCACCCCUCGGCGCGCGCCCGUUCUUCGUCUCCGUCAUCCUCAAUGCGCCGUUCCGCCCUCCCCCCGCCCUCAGCAUCAUGACGCCGUCUCCCGCCCGGGUGGCUCUGCUCCUGGCCCCCUUCCCGUCGCCGUCGAGGCACCUGGCCGAGGCCGCGCUGCCAUUAUUCUUCACGCGCCGCAUACACUCCUCCUCCUCCUCCUCCUAUUAUUCGCCGCCCCGGAGUCACAAGUCCGACAAGUCUGCUUGGCCGCUGCUCAAGCGUCGCGCCCGGCCGCCGCCGUUACACGAUGCCGGCGCCGCCACCAAGACUCCGUCCGGCCAAGAGCUUUUCGCACGCCUCGACGACGCCGCGUCACCGACUUCUGAUACCCUCGCCAUCGAACAGCAGCAGCAGCAGCAGCAGCAGCAGGGCCUAGACUCAGCCGCCGGCCCCGCAGUCGCCAAGGCGGACUCGCACGUCAUGCUCACGAUCCACGGCCUGAGCACCAACCUCAAUGCCAGCGACUUCUACCGCAUCGCCCCGAGCAGCCUCUCAAGCUGGCACAGCGCCAUUAAGAAAGUGCAGCAGGAACGCGAUCCCUCCACCCUCGAGCCCCUCGGCCGCUACCACGUCUCCUUCUCGACGCCCGCCGCCGCAACCGUCUACCGCGACCGCCUCGUGCGCCUGCACCGCCUGGCGCGCCACCGCAUGCGCUCCGCCACCGGCCUGUGGGAGGCGUCGACGCCGCCGCACCUGCGCUCCCCGGACGUCGAGCCCGCCGCUGAGCUCGCCGGCUUUACCGUCGCGCCGCCGCCGUCACCGCCCUCAAACCCCUCCUCCUCCUCCUCGUCGCCGUCGACAACAUCGCGUGUGGGCCUCGAUAUCGAUAAGCGCCGGGUCUCCGCCGGUGUCGGCGCGUGGGCGAGGCGGCUCGCCGGCCUCGUCGGCGGGGCGGAGCACGCGCACGGCGAUAAGCCUCCUGUUGUGCUGCUGCGCGUGUAUCCGCCCACGUUGUCCGCUGAGGACUUGCGACGGAGAAUCACCGACGAUGGCGUCACCAGGGGUUGCAGGUGGAAGGUCUCCCCACCACAGUGCCUCCAGCCGCCGCGGCAUGAUGCUCAGGACAAGGAAGGGAAGGAGGCGGAGUCGACGCGCCGGGAAGCCACGGCCCUAGUCUCCAGCGAUCGAGACACGCCAGAGACAGUACGGGGCCGUUUCGUCGUCGUCUGCGAGACCGAGGCCGAGGCACGGCGCUUCCACCGACACUGGAACCAGCGCGCCCUUCUGGUGGGGGCGGCUUGGGGCGUUAGUGGUGUGGCAGUGUCGCCUACGACAAUCAUUGUCCAUGCUUCGAUAGUGAGCUGGUAACCGCCUGUCAAUAUAAAUGUGC